AUGACAUCCCUCAAGAGAAGCCCACCUUUCCGCGCCGAGCACGUCGGCUCAUUGCUCCGUCCCCAGGAGCUUGUGCAAAAACGGUACGAUGUCGCAUCGGGCAAAGCUAAGCCGGACGAGCUUGUGCCUCUGGAGGACAAGUCUGUUGCAGAGGUGGUAAAAUUCCAGCAGGAUUGCGGGCUCAAGGUCGUCUCGAGCGGCGAGUACACCAGGCAUAUGUUCUGGGGUACCUUUUUUGAAACACUUCACGGCAUGAAAGAGCUACAGCUUGGCGUCCUCAAGGGCUACAACAAGGAUAUGUUUCGCGCUUAUGCACCGGACGUCAAGUCGUUUAUGGAAGCAAAGGAAGUACCCAACCACGUCACUGUCUGCGUCGACAAGAUUAGACACCCUGGAAAAUCCAGCAACCAACGAGAAGUUGAUCUGAUGAAGAGCCUGCUUCCAGAAAGCGAAUGGAAGAACAUCAAAAUCACGCUCAUCUCACCAUCCUGGUACCAUUUCCGUUACAUGAAUGGCUCAGCCUACCCGAAAGAGGUGUACGCGAAUGACGAGGAGUAUUUUGACGAUGUUGCCAAAGCGUAUCAAGAAGAGCUCAAGAUCCUUCACUCGCAGGGAAUCAGGAAUAUCCAGAUUGACGACCCCAAUCUUGCCUAUUUUUGCUCUGAAGACAUGUUGGCAGGCUGGAAAGCAGACAAGACAAACAGCAAGACGGCCGACGAGAUGUUUGACUCGUAUGUGAAGUUCUACAAUAAGUGCUUCGAGCGGCCCGCGGACAUGCAUCUCGGCAUCCACUUGUGCCGUGGCAACUACGUCGGAAGCCGACAUUUCAGUGAAGGCGCAUACGAUCUUAUCGCAAAGAAGCUAUUCCAGGAUCUCGACGUUGACACUUACUAUCUUGAAUACGACACACCUCGCGCCGGAGGUUUUGAGCCGCUAGAGCACCUUCCAAAAGGCAAGAAUGUCGUCCUAGGCGUCAUCACCUCCAAGUUCCCUAAGCUUGAAGACAAGGACGAGAUGAUUGCCAGAGUCAAUCAGGCUGCGGAUUGGAUCGCAAAGGGCACUGGCCAGUCACGCGAGGACGCGCUUAAACAAUGCUGCGUUAGCCCGCAAUGUGGUUUUGCAUCACACGCUGAAGGUAAUGCAUUGGGUUAUGAAGACAUGAGGAAGAAAUUGCAGCUUGUCAGGAGCAUCGCGGAUGCCGUGUGGCCCGGGGAGCCUUAA